AAGAUAUCAAGUGAGUUCUCGAUCGGUCUCUUCUGCUUCUUUCAUGUUCCUCUCUUGCUUUAGCCCAAUUUUCUCAGAUACCUUGCGUUGAUAAAGGUUAUCCGGUUUCAGACAUGUCUUAUGUUCCUCCGCAUAAGCGCCCUUCGAAUGAGCCGGUCAGACCCUCUCCUGUUCCAGAAUCCGUUUCAAGGAAGUUUACUAGAAAUCUCAACUUGGAUGGCCGCAAUGACCAAGACAGAAAAGUAAUAUAUGCAAAAGACUGCAUCUCGAAGUGGUUUUUUGUUGGUUCAGAUGGAACUGAAGACGAGAUUUCUCCGUCUGUUCAGCUUGUGCCUGUUUCUUCAGACUCUUCUGAAUGGAGAGCUGGAAGAAAGCCUUUGGUGCUGGUGAACAAUGAUGCGGGAGAAAAGGAUGCAAAGUUUGGAGCAACCGAGGGCCGUACACCCUGGUUGUCUGUUGCAGAAAAGGUAGAGGGUGACAUUUUCAUGGCAUUUGAGCUGGCUAAGAAUGGUAUGGAUCAUGGUUCAUUGGUGGAAGUAAAACCCAGAUUGGUUGCUCGGUUUGGAAAAGUUCUUCUCCAUGGGCACCCAUCACUUAGUUUGGAAAGUUUGAAAGAUGGGCUAGUGGCUGAAAGCACUUUGAGGGAAUCGAAGAAGUCAUUUUAUACAAAUGUCCCAGCUUCUUACAUGGAAAACAUCAGGGACGCAGCUGUGCUGAAGUUGGGAUGUUCUAUCAAAGAGAACGAUAUAUACUAUGUGAUGUUAUCCGAUGAAACACGUCCUGGUUCAACCAUCUCUUGCAAAUGCACUGUGAAGGAAGAUAGAAGGCUCAUUAUGCACAGGGUCGGGUCGAGCUCAACGCUUUCAGGCAUUGUGUUGCUGAUGUCUCCUGCCUGAAUCAGAAUAUAGACUUGAGACUCAUGGUCUACUCCAAAAGAAUACCGACUGCUCUCACUGAAAAUGAGAUUAGCGAUAUAAGAAAACUGGUUGAUUCAGCGGUUGUAGAUCCAAAUGUGAAAGGUGGGUUGAGGUGGCCACUUGGGAAGGCUUCAUCAGGGGACCGGUAUACCGUCUAUGGCGUUUGGCACGUUAUAAAUACUGUAUACCGCAGUUCAACUUUCAGGCUCAAGGUUAGAGAGGUCGACCGAUUUGAUUUUGGGGCUGGAACUGGUGAGGCUGCAAGAGAGGUGAUUCUGGUACUUAAAGGAAUCAGCCAAAAGCUAGAGGAAGGUGGUGAGGUUGAGAGGAGCUCUGUUUCAGACAUGCUGAAAGAUGCUCUCAAGAUUAUAUGGGAUCACUUCUUGUCUGCUGAUCCAUAUCUUAUCUAAACUGUAUCAAAGUUUGUCGGGUUUGCUCUUUUGUUUUGGGACAUUAACUUUCAAGUUCUCCAGGAUGUGAGUAGUUGAACUUGUGUGUUUUCCAUGUUUUCAUGUGUGAGAUCUUUGUGGUCUUUUGAGAGAGAAAAAAAAAAGAUUGAACACGACCAUUAUAGGUUUCGGGUGAUUCUGCUUUUGAGCUUUUUACAUUUCUGUGAUCUGGUCCGAGGAUCCACAAUGCCAAGAGCUGCAUGGUUGAUGGUAAAGUCUGAAGCUUUUUCUCUUCCUAAACCUCGGUUGGCUUGAACCAGACAACUUGCCAGUUCUUGAAGCAUUUGCAUCAGAGAAUCCAGUACCGGCCUUUGCCGAUUCUUACGAAACUUCCCGGUGGGGAUUUCACCAUUUUCGACUGGAUGCACCAGAUGAACCAUUCUCCAUGCGAGGUUCUUGACACGCACCAAACGACCAAGACCAAGGAGACAGGUGGUAGAUGGGUUUUAGAGAGAGAGAGAGGAAAUAUCAUCAUCAUCAUCAUCAUCAGGUUAUCCGGUUUCAGACAUGUCUUAUGUUCCUCCACAUAAGCGUCCUUCGAAUGAGCCGGUCAGACCCUCUCCUGUUCCGGAAUCCGUUUCAAGGAAGUUUACUAGAAAUCUCAACUUGGAUGGUGGUCGCAAUGACCAAGACAGAAAAGUAAUAGUUGCAAGAGAUUGGAUCUCGAAGUGGCUUUUUGUCGGUUCAGAUGGAACUGAAGACGAGAUUUCUCCAUCUGUUAAGCUUGUGCCUGUUUCUUCAGACUCUUAUGAAUGGAGAGCUGGAAGAAAGCCGUUGAUGCUGGUGAACAAUGAUGCGGGAGACAAGGAUGAAAAGAUUGGAGCAACCGAGGGCCGUACACCCUGGUUGUCUGUAGCAGAAAAGGCAGUGGGUGACAUUUUCAUGGCAUUUGAGCUGGCUAAGAAUGGUAAGGGUCAUGGUUCAUUGGUGGAAGUAAAACCCAGAUUGGUUGCUCGGUUUGGAAAAGUUCUUCUCCAUGGGCACCCAUCACUUAGUUUGGAAAGUUUGAAAGAUGGGCUAGUGGCUGAAAGCACUUUGAGGGAAUCAAAGAAGUCAUUUUAUACAAAUGUCUCAUCUUCUUACAUGGAAAACAUCAGGGACACAGCUCUGCUGAAGCUGGGAUGUUCUAUCAAAGAGAGUGAUGUAUACUUUGUGUUUUUAUCCGCUGAAACACGUCCUUAUUCAUUCAUCUCUUGCAAAUGCACUGUGAAGGAAGAUAGAAGGCUCACUCUGCGCAGGGUCGAGGUCGACGCUUUGAGGAAUGGUGUUGUUGAUGUCUCGUGCCUGGAUCAGAAUAUAGACUUGAGACUCAUGGUCUACUCCAAAAGAAUACCGACUGCUCUCACUGAAAAUGAGAUUAGCGAUAUAAGAAAACUGGUUGAUUCAGCGGUUGUAGAUCCAAAUGUGAAAGGUGGGUUGAGAUGGCCACUUGGGGAGGCUUCAUCAGGGGGCCGGUACAGCGUUUCUCACGUUUGGCACCUCACAAAUACUGUAUACCGCAGUUCAACUUUCAGGCUCAAGGUUAGAGAGGCCGACCGAUUUGAUUUUAGGGUUGGAACUGGUGAGGCUGCAAGAGAGGUGAUUCUGGUACUUAAAGGAAUCAGCCAAAAGCUAGAGGGAGAUGAUGAGGUUGAGAGGAGCUCUGUUUCAGACAUGCUGAAAGAUGCUCUCAAGAUGAUAUGGGAUCACUUCUUGUCUGCUGAUCCAUACCUUAUGUAAACUGUAUCGAAGUUUGUCGGGUUUGCUCUUCUGUUGCUCUCUUUUUUGGCUUUAACUUUCAAGAUCUCCGGGAUGAGUUCUUGAACUUGUGCUUUCUGUUUUCCGUAUCGUGUUCAUGUGUGGGAACUUUGUGGUCUUUUGAGAAAGCAAGUCGAUUGUAAAUAAGUUCAGAAUUAGGAUUGUUCUGAGAUCUUAAAAUCAUUGAACACGACCAAGAUAUGCUUUGGGUGAUUGUGCUUUGUACAUUUCAGUGAUCUGAUCCGAGGAUCAACAAUUCCAAAAGAUGGGUGAUGGUAAGGUCUGAAGCUUUUCUCUUCCUAAACCUCAGUUGGCUUGAACCAGACAUCUGGUUUGUGUUUCUCUCCGACUAAGGUAGUUGUCUGGCAUUGGAAUACAGUUGAGAUGCUUAGGAAACUUGCCAGUUCUUCAAGCAUCUGCAUCGGAAAUUCCAGUACCAGCCUUUGCCGAUUCUUACGAAACUUCCCGGUGGGGCGGCUUUCACCUUUUUGGACUGGAUGCAUCAGAUGAACCAUACUCCAUGCGAUGUUCUUGACGCGCACCAAGCGACCAAGACAAAGGGAGGCAUGUGGAAGAUGGCUUUUAGAGAGAGAGAGAGAGAGGGGGGAGGGUAGUAGGGUGAAUAAACCGUGAAGAAGAAGAUUGUUGGAUUGCGGAAGAAGUAACUGGCGAGAGGAAAAAGAAGAAGAAUAAUCUGUAGUUAGGGUUUUAUGAAGAAGAGGGACGGAUUGUGGAAGAAGGAAGCAGGAACUGGUGCAGGAACAUAAAAAAAAUUAGAUCCAUGUUGGCCCAAUUUAUAAACAACAAAGGUGCUCAGAGAGCCAAGAUAAAUUAUUGGGGCUGUUAUCGUAAACCUUAUUUUUUAAGGGGUACUAUGUGAAAUAUAGAAAUUUCUUAAGGGCAAGGGUGUAAUUCUGAAAGAGUGGCGGGUCUGCCCCUUCUUGAUUCCAAUCGAUCGAGCAGUGUUGCCAAUUUCUCUUCCCGAGUUUUUUUCCCGAUCAAACAUAAAAAUGAAGAAGAGAUAUCAAAGAAAUGAAGAGGAGGUAGAUAUAACGAAGAGCUCAACGUCCUCGAAGAUGCAGAAGAAGAAGAAGAAGAACAUGAAGAGAUUAGGAGGCGGUGGUCUCUCUCUCGAAACAUUCGCCAACUUGAAAUCGUCGGACAGUCGCUACAAUCCUUCUUUGAUCAGGCAACAACGAAGCUGGAGACAGUGGGGAGGUAGAUGAUGAUGAUGAAAAGAAGAGGAGAUCGAAACAGAAAGUCAGUUUGGAGGAGCUGUACAGAAAGAAACACGAAGAGUUAGAGAGGGCGAGGAUGGAGAGAGAAUUGACGAUACAGGCAAAGAAGGAAGCGAGAGAAAAGGCCGAAGCACGGAGGAAAGAAGCCAAGGAGAAGAUGCUAAAGAAGACUCGACAUGGUCAGCCUGUCAUGAAAUACAGGAUAGAGCAUCUUCUUGAAUCAAUCAAGAACACCUCUCAAAACCAUGGAAACUGAAACAGAAUAACUGCAGGAAGGAAGAGGAUGCAUUCUUAAGCAACUGGUGUGUACAUUGAAGAACCUUUGCCUCCAUUUGCAUCCUCUUAAGAGCUAUUACACUGUCGAAACAGUUAUGGAGAUGAUAGUAGGAUGACAUUUUCAGACCAAAAGCUGUUCUUGUAACUAUUUCCAAGUCACCAUCAAAAGCUGUUCUGGUGAUUGGAUUAACUAAACUGUGAUUGACUCGUUCGACUUAAAUACGGUAUAUAAGGUUUUGGUGUUA